ACAAUACUUUUGCUAAAAAUUUUAAUGUUUAUUUUACAACACGCUUAAUAUGAGCAAAUGAAAAGUGCUGCAGAUUAAGAUUAUAUUUAAUUCAAGUGUUGUUAGAGUCGCUGUAAUAGAGGUUAAAAUCGCGUAAAUUGAGGUUAGGUUUGCAAAAAGUGAGGUUAGAUUUGAUAACUGCUUAAAUUGAGGUUCGAGUUGAUAAACUUCAAGUCUAAACUACUAAAACUGAAGUUUAAAGCAAGCUUUUUACCACAAGAAUUGAGUUGUACUCAAUAUUAACGGUCAAAUUUUAAGAAGAAAGCUUUUUAUUGACAGAAUUGAGAUUUGACUGCUUAAAAAGUGGGGUUACUCAGUGAGCUUAGAACUGCAAAAAGUGAGGUUAGAAAGCUGGCAAAAUUUUUGGUUAUAACUGGCAAGUGAGGAUUAAAUAAAUGCAUAUUGAGAUUAUAACUGCUUAAUAAUUGCGCAAAUUGAUGUUAGAAAAGUAGAAAACGAGUUCAAACCGAAUGUUAUUUAGGCGUAAAUUAUAGUUAACAACUAGAGCUACAUCUAAGCGCAUCAAGCAAAAUGUAUGCAGCUGCUGGCGGCGCCUCGCUGGCCUCGCGCCAGGCGCGUCAACGCCAGCGACAGCAGAAGAAGAACUUACAGCUACAAGCGAAACUACAUCCACCGAAACCAGCUGGCGUUGGUGUCGGGCUCGGCGCUGCCGAUGGUGGCGCCUCGACGCCAACACGCAGCCAGUCGCGGCAGUUCCAUCAGCUGCCCACAAAUUAUUUGCGGGCACCGCAGCCGCAGGGACGCAAACUGAGUGCCACCUACACGCAGUCCCGAUCGCUGCUGCCCAUCGAGGAGGCCGGCGAUACGCAGUCGGUGUUGCAGCUGCGCAUGCACUCGCACACGCAUGGGCAUGGUCACGCCCACGGCCUGCACGGGCAUGGCCAUAGUCAUCUGCAUCAUGGUCUCGGCGCUCCAAUACAGACGCCCUAUCAACAGUUUGCCUCAUCACAUGGACGUGUCUCACCGAAACUCGUGCACCGGCACAGCGGCAGCAGCGCUGGCUUCCACCCAGCAGCAGCAGCAGCAGCCGCGGCGGCGGCAGGAGCAGCGGGUGGAGGGCGGCUACAUAAAUCGGCAACGGCCACGCUGCCCCUGGUAUCGCAAAUGGAGGCAACGCCGCCAACGACACCCGCGUUGCCAUCGGCUGCGGUCGGCGUUAAAACGACAGCGGCGUCGUUGGAGACAGACGCCACGCCCAUGUUUUCAGCAGCGCCAACAGCACUGGGCAUGGCCAUGGCUAGCACAUCCGCAGCGGCGGCGGCGGCCGCCGAGGCUGAAGCUCAUUUGGAGCUGGCCGGCGCGGCGGCCAUGUUUGUAGCCCACCAUGAUGCGAUCAUUGUAACGCCGGCCACGCCCAUGGCCUCGCCGGGUCACGCCGCAGCUGUGAAGCUGCGACGCGCCGACGACGACGAGGAGCCGCACGAUUCAGCCGAGCGUCAGCCCCUAACCGCCACGGAUGCCUACGACGAGGAUGAGGCCAUGCAGCCGCCCAGCGGUCCGCUAGAGCGCAAGUGCAGCGUCUAUCGCAUGCGCCGCAGCGAUGCAUUUGAGCAGAGCGACGCCGGCGUCACCGGCGGCCUCAAGCGUCAGCUGCGCGAACUGCAAUUCCAACAGCCGCAAUACGUGCCGCUGGUCAGCGAUGAGCCGCAGCUGCUCUUCAAAGGUCUGGGAAAUGGACGCAAGAUUCAGAUAUGCGCCUACUGCGAGGAGGGCAUUUGCGUCUGUGAGCACAUCGAGUGCGCUCAGGGACGGGCCGCCUGGCUGGAGCGGGGCCGCCGCUGCAGCGUACAGGAGCAGCAACAGCAACAGGCCACCUGCCACAGACGCUGGGUGAAGCGCAAUCGAAUACAAGAUGCCUCAUUGGGCGGCUCCUCGGACGAUGAAGAUUUCCUGGGCGUACUACGUGGACCCAGCACCUUUGCGAAUGCCUUUCUCUAUGUGGGCCUGGGCACUGUCGCACUGGGCCUGGUCAUUGCAUUUGUAGGCACCGGCGAGAAGGGUUUUAAAACAGUGGAGCUAAGACUUAUAGGGCCCUCUCUCAUAGGCUUGGGUCUGAUCUGUUGCAUUUUACGCAUUCUCUUCUGCAUUUGCCCAUCACACUGCAUCUCAUCCAGCAAGAAGGCGGGCAAGAAAAAUGCUAACAAAAUCGAUGCAGAUCACACGACCUCCCUGCUGCGAAAUGAAAGCAAACGGGUUUCUAUAGCUCGUGGACCCUCUAUACAACAAAAGUAUCCUAUUGCCCACAAGCGUAGCCAGAGCAAGAUGCUCAAUGAGGGCAUGGAGGCACUGCGUCAAAUAGCGACCACAUCGCUCUUCAUGCAGAACGAGCAGAAGACGGCCAUAAAUCGCGUUGUGCCCAUUAUCAACGAACCGGAGAGCAUGGAUCACAUGGGUGCGGAUGCGCCGCUGGAGAUGAAGAAGCUGCAGACGGCGCUGAAUAUGUGCGAGAUGAGCGAUGAAGAGCAGGAUGACAGCGUCCAAGUUGAGCAGCAGCAGCUGCAGCACGCCAAACGUACGAGAGCAACAACAACAACUGCCGUUACGAGUAGUACCACCAAAGCCACGGGGAAAACCAUAAGCAAAACAACAUCAAAAACAACAUCAAAAACAACAACAAAAACAACAACAACCCUGAGCACCGUCGAUGAGCGACCCAAUAGCAAAUUGGUACGUCAGCGGGUCGCACUGCAGCAGCAGCGACAACAGCAUCAACAGCAGCAUCAACAACAUCAACCGCAACAACAACAACAACAACAACCACAACCACAAUUGGAGCAAUCGCAGUCAUUGUCCUCCUCCUCCACCGUCAAAGAUUCGCUGGAUGGCGUUGUGAUUGUGGAGGAGACCUCACUUAUAGACACAACUGUAGUCGCGCCAACGACGACGGCCGAGGCCACGCCACUGCCCAGCAGCUGCAGCACCGGCGCCAUACCCCGGCUCAAAAGCAAUACCGCAGCAUUUAGCACGCCCGCGCAGCGACCGGGCAUCUCAACGGGCGCCACGCCCAAGACAACGCCCACCACCACCAACAGCAGCAGCAGCAGCAGCUACCGCACACGUCUUACUAGUUCCCAGUCGCAACCCACAAGCUACGAUCUGCCGCCGGCGCUGCCGCACACCUAUUCCGCGACAGCGACAGUGCGUGGUCCGCUGGGCAUGACGUUGACCGGUUCCAGUCCCGGGUAUGCCAUGCCUGCCAGCCGCAUGAGCGGGACUGUCGUUCCGGCCACCACAACGACGAUCAGUUUGUUGCCGCUGCCGGCGCCGCCGACGGCUACCACAACGCCGACUGCGAAGACCAGCAUACCUGGCCAGGUGCUGGAGCCGUCGUCAAUGCCCAUUACAAGUCUGAGCAUAUUGCAGCCGUUGCCGGCGACGCAGCCAGCGACAUCCUCCUCGAUAACGGCCACAUCGGCGGCGGCGACGGUGACGACCUCCAUAUUUGGCAGCAUAGAGCGCAAAUCACAGCUGUCAUCCGCCAGCCUAACGAAGGGUCGUGGUAGCUCGCUGCUGGCACCGCCACCACAGCCUAGCAAACUGGAGCCGGAGCUGGUGCUCAGUCCAGCAAAACUUGGCCAGUAAAUGCGACAAAGUAGUUACAAUUUUAGUUAGGAUUUCAUGCAGCUACGACCUAUAAAUAAAUAAAUGUGUAUAUGUCUCGGUUCUAUUGGGUAUGUGUGUGUAUGCUGUGCGUGGAUGUGUGUGUGUGUGUAAGUGUGAGAGUUCUUAGGUGUGUGUGUGUGUGUAGCUACUAAACACUCUCUUUUGAAUGUGCCACAAACAUGAUGAAACUAAACGCCUAACAGUCAUGUGAUGGAUUCCCAAAGCGCGAAAUAUGUAUUUGGAGUUUUGUUUCAUAUUUAAAAUAUAUCUUCAUGAAAUAACUUUAGCUGUUCAUAUAUUCGUUUUCAGUUUCGAAACUACCCGUUAGUAUCAAGUUAUAGUUUACAGAAAAAUUUCUAACAAUUUUCUCCUUUUUAAGUUUCGGCGAAUUCGACGCGUGGCUGACAAACUAUAAAGCUUUCAGUGUCUAUUUUCUAGAGCUUGCUCCUCUGAUUAUAAAUGGACAUAUAUUUUGGCAAUUUUCAAUCCCACUUCUUUCCAUACAAGAACUCUUGAAAUUUAGUGUUUUCUGUGGCAACAAUAUUUGGCCAAAUGCUCAGCAAAUAGAAAAUUGCCAAGUCGUGGUGUCUAAAGCUAUACCUAAAUUAGUCAGGGUAUUAUAAAGUUUGUAUACCAACAUAUCGUUAAAUAAAUAUACAACAAAUAAUAGAAUAUUUAUAAAAAAAAUAACUAAACAUUGAAAAAGAUAGCGAACAGAGAAAGCCGUCGUUCAGUUGAUCAACUAAUAUAGCUAAGGUUCAAUCAAGAUAUGUGCAUGGGCAGUACGAAAAGUAAGCAACCCACAUUAUAUAUAAUUAAUUAGAUAUGUAUCACAAAAUUGAAUGUCGAUGUAGUUGAAUGUAAAAAAGACAUAUAACUAAUAUAAUGGCCCAGUGGCAACUGAAACCAAAAUAACAUCGAUUGCAACACGAGAGUCUUAAAAAUAUGUUAAAGGAGCUCUUAAGGAGUAUAAUCGUAUAAGAAGAAUAAUGUUCCAAUUAUGUUUAAACAUUUCUGAAGUGGUUUA